ACCUUCGUUGAAAAUAUCUGUGAAUUUGGCGGUUAAUUACUGGAAAUUAUGCAAACCAUAGUAACAGUACUGGAAGACAGAACAUUGAGGAUUUAAUGGGACCGAAGUUGUCACUUCAGAUUGGAUACUGUGGUUAGUAAUGCACCACCAGAGGGCGACAUAGUCCAUUUGAUCCAAUGCUUUUGAAAGUGACGUCUGCGAGAGUCGUGAACAUCUAUGAUACUUGGAUCCCUGGAGCAGUGUGUCUGCUCCUAUAGAGAGCAGAGAAUGGCAGGCCUGUGGAGAUCCUACCAGGCUCUGAUAACCAGGCGUCCAUGGACUGUCCAGAUCAUCACAGCCGGCACAUUGGUGGGGGUGGGGGAUGUUAUCUCCCAGCAGGUGUUUGAGAGGCGGGGUCUAGCCAAUCACAACAAGAUACGGACGGCCAAGAUGAUGAGCAUCGGAUUCUUGUUUGUCGGGCCUGUAAUUGGUGGAUGGUACAAGGUUCUGGACAAGCUGGUCACCGGAGGGACAAAAAGUUCUGCCAUGAAGAAAAUGCUUUUAGACCAGGUGGGCUUCGCUCCCUGUUUCCUGGGUGCCUUCCUGGGGAUCUCAGGCAUGUUGAAUGGACUGACCGUUGAGCAGAACGCCGACAAACUCAAGAGGGACUACAUGGAUGCCUUGAUCUCCAAUUACUAUCUAUGGCCUCCAGUCCAGAUUGCAAACUUCUAUUUCAUUCCACUACACCACAGAUUGGCUGUUGUCCAAAUUGUUGCUGUCGUCUGGAAUUCGUACCUGUCAUGGAAAGCCAAUAAGAUUUGAAGGAUGAAUUAGGUCAAACCCUACCUCACACUGGUUUCUCAAUUAGACUUAACACUCACAAAUUGCGGAAUAAAUCUUUUAAGCUGCAAAUCUGAGGAACGUAAACAGAUUUUUUUGUUUAUUAUGAAUUCAAACACUAUAUGAGGCAAAGUUUAGCCUUGUGUCCGAUAUGUGAAGGUUUGUCAAACCUAUAUGAACUAAGAAGUAAUCAGAACAAACAUUGAUAUUGUAGUUGAAUUAUGUACGACUGGAUAUACUGUGAUAUUCAACAGUAUAUUUCUUGAGAAAGUUUAAAUGUUCUGUAUGUUUACUCAUUAAAUUUAAGACCAUA